UUGAAAAAAAAGUCCACUUUCUGAUCUGAGUCUGGCUUUUGUUGUGCGGCAAACUUCCUGUCAGAAAUGGGUAAAGACGAACAGAUCAUAUCUUUCUCUCUUCACUCCAUGCUCUGCUCAGCAUGGCCUCAGUCCAGCGCCACACCUCCUGCAGCUGUGGGCAGAACCAGGAAGUCACUCCCACAUUCUCUGUCACGUGAUUUCAGAGGAACGAAACUGAACUCUGUUUCUGUCAGCGUGAGCGGUAUAAUAGCAGAGACCAGCCUCAGGGUGGGUCUGCUCAACACCAGGAAAUAUCUCCUGCUCUUUCUCAAACAGAUUCAGAGAAAACAACACAACAUUCUGAACUGAAACUAAUCUCUGUCAAUUUGAGCGGUAAAAUGGCACAGGCUGCAGGCCUUCUGGAUCAGGACCAGUUCAGUUGCUCGAUCUGUCUGGAUAUACUCAAGGUUCCAGUGACUAUUCCCUGUGGACAUAGUUACUGUAUGGGCUGUAUUAAGGGCUGCUGGGAUCAGGAUGAUCAUACUGGUGUCUACAGCUGUCCCCAGUGCAGAGAGACCUUCACCUCGAGGCCUGUCCUGAAGAAAAACACUUUACUGGAUGAAGUGGUGGAACAACUGAAGAAGACAGGACUCCAAGCUGCUCCUCCUGCUCACUGUUACGCUGGACCUGGAGACGUGGAGUGUGAUUUCUGCACUGGGAGAAAGCUCAAAGCUGUCGAGUCCUGUCUGGUAUGUUUGGCCUCUUACUGCGAAACUCAUCUCCAGCCUCACUAUGAAUCUCCUGCUUUUAAGAAGCAUAAUCUGGUCAAAGCCACUGAAAACCUGCAGGAGAAGAUCUGCUCUUGUCAUGACAAAGCGCUCAAGAUUUACUGUCGCACCGAUCAGCAGUUUAUUUGUUAUCUCUGUACAAUUGAAGAUCACAGAGGCCAUGAUACAGUUUCAAUUGAAAAAGAAAGGACUGAGAAACAGAAGCAGCUGGGGGUGACACAGAGUAAAUUCCAGCAAAGAAUCCAGGAGAGAGAGAAGGAGCUGCAAGAUCUGAGACAGGCUGUGCAGUCACUCGAGCGCUCUGCACAGGCAGCAGUGGAGGACAGUGAAAGGAUCUUUACUGAGCUGAUCCGCUCCAUUGAGAGGAGGCGCUCUGAGGUGAAAGAGCUGAUCAGAGAUCAGGGGAAGGCUGAAGUGAGUCGGGCUGAAGGAUUCCUGGAGCAACUGGAGCAGGAGAUUGCUGAGCUGAGGAGGAGAGACACUGAGCUGGAGCAGCUUUCACACACAGAGGAUCACAUCCAUUUCCUCCAGGAGGCCCAUCCCAACCCAGGGAAGCCCUUUAUUGGAAUCCAAACAGCAGCCGUUUUAACAAACACCCCAGAGGGCCGGGGGGUGCUGAAGCUGCUGCGAAGAGCCUUUAACCAGAAGCUGGUUUUUACUGUGGCUGCAACCGAUGGAGCUGCAGACAGAGUCGUCUACGCUGACAUCCCCCAUACAAGACGCCCGAUUGUGCUCAGAAAUCCUGACUUCCUGCAGAAGGUGAAGGCAGCACUCAGUGCCAAAUUCAUUGAAUGAUUGGAUGAACAGAGACAUCAGAUCCUCAGCACAGCACCACCAAAUGGACAAGAAGAGAAAAUCACCACAUUACAAAGAUGGGCACAUGAUAGACAGAGAGGUCAGAAAGAAGAAUCGUAACUGAAGGUAGUAGGUCACUGCUUUAGAAACACAUAUGUGAUAAAUCUACUCAAUCCUGAUGGAUCUGAUUCUAAUAACUCUCUGAUAGACUCUAUUACGCUGUGUGCUCCUCUGUUCCUGUGUAUGCAGUAACUGGAUUGGAUCUUCAAUAAUGAUGUCAUACAUCAAUCAAGUGUAGCUCCUCCCCACGUUACUGUAUCAUUUCCUCUCUGGAUUGUCUCCCAGAGAACAAUGUACACUAAUUUCUUAAUAUCUAUAUAUAAUCAUUUCUUCUCAGUAUAAAAACACUUAAUGACAGAGGCUCACCUUAAAAAUAAUGUGUUUCUCUUGAGGGUGAUAAAAACAUGCCAAAUACACAGUAUAAUAUGACAGUGUAAGGAUGCAUUAUACAAACAGUAUCAUUUUGGAUGCAUUCAUAUUUAGCUUUAUUAGUAAAAAAAUAUACCCAGUACAUGUACUGUUUUUAACAGAGAAUGUCUGUGUUAAAAAUAAAUAAUAAAUAAAUAAAUACUAUAUAUAUAUAUA